AGAAAAAAAAGGUUGCAUUUUGUGGUUGUUCAUUGUGGUUAAAUAUAUAAAUAGCUCGGAAAAUGUGAAAAUUAAGCAGCAAGUUCCUCCGCGAAUCGAUGGAGAGUAACAGAGAUGAAGCAACAGCAACAAUGGGAGGAGGAGAAGGAGAAGGUCAAGCUCGAAUCCCUGCUCCUAACGACAAAGCUAAUCCGAAUCCAAAUCCAAACACAAACCCUAGUUCUCCUAAUAACACCACUCGAGGAUCCAAAGCAAGAUCGUGUAAGGGAUGUGCUUACUACUCUUCGGUUCACAAAUCCAAAUCCAAGAACCCUACUUGUGUUGGCUUCUCCAGUACGCUCCAACAAGUACCUCCAUAUGUUGUUGGAGAGACUGAGUUGGAAGCUUCAAAAGAGGGCCGCAGCCUUGCAAAUUUCAAGUAUGCUUGCCUUGGAUACUCAGUCUACUUAGACAACAAGGAUUCUUCUGCUGACUCACAGGACAAAACAGCGAAGUUGCCCUUUUGCACUGGGCUUGAGGUGGUGUUGGAGGAGAGGUCUUCAACUUCGCCUGCUGGCCAAGUUCCUGUAAAUGCUCAUAAAACUGAAGGUGCUCAUCGACCUCAUCCUCAAUCACAAUCACAACCACAACCCCAACCCCGAAGAUAUAAUAAACCUCCAAAUACCACAGCAGAAGAAUUCCUUAACAGGUUUCGAAGAAAUGCAAUCCUAGUGGCAGCCGGUGUUGUAAAAAACAUGAACAAAGUGGGUAACUACGUAAAGGAGACCUUAGAUGACAUCUUAUAUAGGCGACCCAAAUGAAGUUUAAGUUACAUUUCUGCACAUUUGGCCAUUUUUCUUAUUAAUGGGGCCAAUUUUAUUAUUUGGAUUCUGACGGUGUAUGUAUCACUUAUUGUAAUAAAACAAAUUUAGAAAUUAUUAAGAAUAA